UUUAGCCCGUUUUUAAUAUCCCAUAACCCAUGUUUGUAAAGUCUACACCAACAAGCCGAUUUAAUUUGCCCGUAUGCUCCUCAUCUCCAUCUCCACCACAUAAACUCCAUAACAAUCCAAAUUCAACCUCAUUCUCUUCUAGUGAUCUUCUUUUGUUCGAAACAGAAAGUAUGAUUUUACACUUACCUUGUACAACUCUUUAUCAAACACCAUUACUAUCCAAUCCUAGAAAUCUUCAACAAUUAGCUAAAACCCAAACCAGUUUUUCACCAGCCAACAAGUUGUCCAUUGCAAGAAAGCUUGUAACAAGAGGAUGCAGCAAUAGCCAAGGUGGUGAAGGAGAGAAGAAGACAGAAAGAAGAAGUUUCCUAUCUCUAGAAGAGGCUGGUUUGGUUGAAAUAUCUGGUUUAAGCUCUCAUGAAAAGUUCCUAUGUCGAUUAACGAUAUCAUCAUUGAAUCUACUAAGAGUGAUAUCAGAACAGGAAGGAUGUUCAAUUGAAGAGAUGAAUGCUGGAAGGGUAUGUGAUUGGUUUGUGAAAGAUAAACUGAAAAGAGAACAAAACAUAGAUUCUGCAGUCCUUCAAUGGGAUGAAUCUGAAUUUCCCUUUUAGAUGGACUUAGAUUAUAUAAUUCUUAUAAAACUUUUUUAGCUUAACUGUGAAUUUUCAUUCAAAAGUUUUUGGGUCAUAUCAUAGUCGAUCAAAUAAUUGUAUGUUGUUUUAGUACCAUUUGAAUUUGAACUGGUAUUGUUGAAUUAAAUUAACUUUGCUCAUCAAAUAUAUAUUAAUAGAGAUUUUGUGGGUAAAAGAA